AUGAGCGACUACGAAGACUACGACGAUGAUUACGAUGGCGACUUCUUCUAUGUCGAAGACGAGUACAUGGCUGCCGACGAUCUCGCAGAGCACGCUGUUGCCUCACCACCACCGGCAACGUGCGGCGAUGAGGAUAUGGAGGACGACUGGGACCGUUUCGACUACUUCAACGAUCUCGAGUACGCAUCAGACGGCUAUGAUGAUACACAGUUCCAAGCGCUCGAUGUCAAGGGCGCAAAAGCAGGCUCAAAGCGGAAGCGACUACUGAGGAGCGUUCCGGCUAAAAAGAGGUUGAUAAAGGAGAGUGUGAGCACCAAGACCGAACCGACACCAAUGGGUCACUCGCCCAUUGUUUGGCGCUCGCAGGCGGAUCGUGGCAUAAAACCCAAGACACUCGACGACAACGCGCAGCCAUAUGCCUUGUUCAAGAACUGGAGAGAGAAGCUUGCAGACAUACCAGAUUGGGCCAGAGGCUCACCACCGAGCUCGCCAGAGAUACGGUCAUCACAGCCAAGAAAGGGGAAAGCAAAAAUGGCUUUCGUCACAGAGCCUGCAUCUCCUCCGUACGACGAGGACGAUGACGGCGACGUGGAGGACGAUGGCAUGGACAAUGGAGAACAAGGAAUACCGCAGGAGGCGCUAAUGGCAGCAUUGCAGCGACAACUCGCUACUGCUGGCGGACCACUGAGCGGAAUGGAUCCCCAACAACUGCUCCAGUUCGCUAUGCGCAUGGCAGCGGACGAGAGUGCUGGUGAUGAUGUCGCGGGUGAGAUGGCAGAGGCGAUACUAGGUGGAGAAGACGACGGAGACGACGUAGAUGACGAAACUCACAAUGCCGCCGAAGAGGAACUUCUUACAUGGAUAGCUAAACAGCGGAAUGGGACAAGUCAAGGAACACCUUACGAAGAAGAGGGCAUGAUAGAGGAAACCGUACACCAACCACCAACACCACCUUCAUCGGACCUCAAGCGCAGUGUUCGCGUCUCCGAGGUUAACACCACUUCUUCGAACACCGUCUCAAGCACCCCCGAUCUUGAUACUUCUAAAUCCUCUCUGAAGCGGAAGGCACAAGACGAGCCGAGUGUCGAAGGCUCUACGAAGGCGCUAAAGAAGAGAGCAACAAGGUCAUUUGACGCGCCUACAGCAUCAAGUCAAGCCAAAACUGCUUCAUCACGACCUACAACACGAUCCAAACCUGGAAAGCGGAAGUGA